GUUUCAGCUUUCCAACCAUCCUCAGAUCAAUCCACCGGAUCAAUAGAAGUCACUGACCAGAACGGGGUUCUAAUGUGAUCAGUGAAGGAGAAAAUUCAGAAUCUUCCACUCACAUGUGUCCGUUCAUCAUGCUGCACGGCGGCAGUCAUGCAGAUGGGAUUCACACCGAUGCAGCCGUGCACAGCCGUGCACAGCCGUGCACAGACGUGCACAGAUACAGCAGAGGGAAGCCGAUCCGUGUGUGGACGGCGUGAUUGGUCACUUUUUCCCUCUCCUCUCUACCUUCCUGCUGAAUAGUUUGAACAAAAGGGAGAGAGAGGGGUGGGGAGGGUGUGCUGGUUGGGGGAGGGGAUGUGCAUGCAUGUGUGUGCACGUGCACGUGUGUUUGUGCAUGUGCUCUGUUGUCACCAGGCCAGUUGAAAGGGGGAGGGAACAGCGAGUCAGAGGGAGUGGAGGAGGACAGGAUAGGGUUCCAGAGGAGAAACCGAGACCCCUUCAAACGCAGCCAGGAUCACUGCAGGACCCCCCCCCCAUGUUUGUGGGAUAGUGGAUUAUUUUCCUGUGUACAGGUACUUACUGAGCACGUGCAGACAUGAUCAGGUUGCAGCAUGUUGAGGUGGUAGAAUGAAACAUGGAGCUCCACAUCAGUGAAGCCAGCGUCCAUCCGGGCCCCGUGGCAUGCAGCUGAGCCCUCGCUAAGGGAGCCGUCCUUUCCUCUGCACUGGGGCUGCAGAAUGCUCAGUCUUGUCGCCCCAUACAGUCUGUUGAAGAUGCACUGGUCCCCUGAGCACGCUGUCCCUUUACCUCAGUGGCCCGAGCAGCACCUGGAUGUCACCUCUACCACCUCACCCCCGUCUGUCUACAAACACGAGCCCUACACUAACGCUUCCCGCUGCACCUACACGUCUUCAGGUUAUCCUUGGGCCAGUGACGACAUAUCUGCUCUCACGGCUUCAUCUCUGCUGAAACGCUAUGCUGAAAAGUACUCAGGGCUGGAGCUGUCCUACGAGCGUCCUGUCACAGGGGGCUAUGCAGAGUCUGGAACUUUCCUAAAAACCGAGACAGAGCCUUGGUCUCUGGGUCAGGGCUUAGAGUGUUAUCCUGGACUGGAGGCAGGAGGCACCAAGGUGGGGUCUGGCUCUGUAGGAAUCCCAGCCACAGGAAGUGUAACUGUAGUCAGCAACAAUUUGUCUUCUGAGCCUGGAUAUACAGCCACUGGCUCCUGCAAUGCCCCACCAUCUCAGGAAUACCCUCCUGCCUACAACAGCACCUACCUGUCCUCAGGAUACUGCCCUCAGCCAAGUGCAGCACUUCCACCUGCCCCUCUUCACUCUCUGCAGGUCUCAACUGCCUUAGUGCCAACAUACAGCACCAGCACUCCCGUCUACAACUACCCCCCAGGCUGCUACCCUCAAACCAGCCUGUCCUCAGCGUACAACCACCCCAGUGCCUCUUAUCUACCCUCUGGAAUUAGUGCUCCUCUGGCCCCAAGGCCAACAGUGGUAGGGGGAAGUUACAGCUACCCAUCCAACAACCUUGGAGGUAGCUCUGAUGUUGGGGUACCACUGAAGCGUAAGGCCUUUGAGAUGACGGAGGGCGAACAAGAGGACGCCAAAAUGGAGGUAUCCCGUUACAGAAAGUAUGGCAGCAGUCAGAGUAAAGGUAACGGACACGGCAACAGCGGCUCGGCUUCAGACCCAGAGCCCUACAAAUCUGUCAAGCCCCUCAUAUCGCCCCCUUAUGGCAGCGUGGGAGACUACAGCCCACCCCCAGGCCUGGCAGGGGAGAGUGUAUCAGGGGAACACACCUUUCCUCAACAGCAGAGAAUGUCUAUGAAAUUACCUGCUGGCCACUCUCAAGCCGAGGAUCCUGCUGGUGGGCGUUGACAGCUCCAUCAGACGGUGGAGAGGAUGCCAUGCUCCCUUCAAACAGCUGCCGUUCUUUGACCACAGAGACUUGGGAACAGCAAAAGUGUAGUUUUCUAGACAAACACAAGAGGGCACAUGACUGGUAUCUCUGUAUGCAUGAUCAACACUUUUCCAAAGAUUCAUGGAGCAUUUUAGCCUCCAAACUGAGUUAAGUCUUAGAAUUCAGGUCCAGGUAUUUUCUGCAUAAAUAUCAGAAAGAAUUUAAAUGUCUGUUUCUCUCAGGAUCCUAUUUAUUUCCUUUCUGCUACUGUGGCAGCUGCUCCUGGCUUCUUGAUUGGUAGAUGCAAUUAUUUGUGGCCAUAAUAUGCGCAUGAAGGCCUUUGACUGCAAUAUUCUCUAGAUAAAAUCCUUACCGACCAAAAAGUAAAUAGAGCAAUAACUAAAACGGUGAGAUUUCAGUACAAUCACGGCUACACUGCUGGCUGCAAGGCGAGGUGCACAACUUUGCCUUGACAGGUGAAUGUUUUCUUCUCUUUUUUAAUAUUCUCGUCUUUAUUUCAUUCUUGGCUGAUUUCUAUCCCAUCAUUUUUUUCUGCUCUUUGAUUUUUUUCUACUUUAUACAUAUCAAAAUGCUGGUUGCAUGGCAGAGUACACCAAGUCGCCCUUUAAAUUCAAAUUCUUUUCAAUGUAAUGUAAAGGAGAGAAAUUAGAUUUUAUCUUUUAUUUGGAAAAUUAAAGUUUAGCAUUUACAAAAUGACCUUAUGCGGGUUUAUGCAAAUCAUCUUGGAAGAGUGUUGUUUGCAUGACCAUGUCUGCUAAAGUUUCUUUGAAUAAUAUAAUGUAACCGGGUUCAGACGAAGCCUUUUCUCAAUGAUACACUUAAGUGUCUGCCUUGAAACUGAGAGGUUGUGGGUUCAAAUCUACAGUUGGGUCAUACCAAAAGACUCUAAGGAGGGGACCCAGUGCCUCCCUGCUUGGGUUGGAUUUGGGAUCAAAGCACCCGACGAUUCCCGACUGCAGCUCUCGCCCCCCCCAGUGGACGGGUCAAUGCAAAGACACAUACCCAGCAAUUAACGGACUUUAUUAAUGAUAUGAAUUGGACUUUAUUACUAAUGAGAUUCAGAGUUUUGUUCUUUAAAAAAUGUGUUUGCUUAUUAUUUUUAAGUAUUCUUUCUUUUCCUUUUUCUUCUCAGAAGAAUGAUUUAUAGUCAUGUUAUUAAAUACUCAGGAAGAACAUUGUUACCUCUCAAUGAUAAAAUAUGAAUGUAUUAAAUGACCGUGUAAUGUUGGUAGAGAGCUUUAUGGAGCAGUUUUUGGCUGAAACUUCAGGGAAACGACGGACCUACGACGGCACGGAGCGAAACUGACACCUGAUCGGACAGUUUCAGCGCCGGGCCGGAGAUGAUGAAUGUGAUUCAGUUUAUUUGUUGUUGUUUAUAGACAUUACAUGCUGCAGUGUACAUUUUUAGAUCUAUGAUCCUUUUUUUUCAUGUAAAGAUGUGCAGGUUUGGUGGGAUGAUGAAUUGACAUGUGAAGUGUUAGUCUAGUUUGUGUUGGUGCAGGAAAACACUCCUGAUGACACUUUAGCAAAUCAGCAGCAGAGCGCCAUGUUGGUCAAACGUCUUAACAGAGAAUUCUCUUCACACGUUUGAAUAACUAGUUUGAUAAAUGUUUUUCUUCAGUUCAGACACAAAGAGGAACCGCGAUGAUAGAAAAACCUCGUCAUGGUUUGCUAGUUCCAUGAUGUUGGACCAUCACAACUGUGCCAUGCUUUGUUGCUUUUACUACUAGACCUUUUAGGAAAACCAAAAACCUGGAAGCGAAUGAAGAGAGUGAAGCAUCCAUACAGAAAAUGAUGCUUCUAUAGAGUUUUUAGAAUAAACUCUUUACAAGGAAAGCUUUAAGAGUCCCAAAGACGAAACAUGUUCAAGCCAAAAACAAAACUUCUAUUUUUCAUCUGAAUACAAACACUGUAAGUGAGACUGUGUGAAGGAUUUAAAACAUGAUUUUGAUGCAAUCUUUGUGGAUGGGUUGUACAUUUGUCAUGUCUUACAUUCUCUGGAACCAUUUCUACCUCAUUUUAUAGACCUCAGAUGUGGAAGUAUUUAUUUCCUGUCAUUUUCACAUGCAGUUUGCAGAGCAAUGUUCAUGUUCUUGACCUGUUAUAUUCUACCUCACUUUUAUGUCGCUGAAAUGAAUGAAGAUCUACAUAAAAAGAAGCAUAUUUGUCUUUUUGUUUGAAUAAAACUGACAUCUGCAAUACAG